GGAGAAGGUGUGCUUUUGAAACUGCGCGUUAUUUCUGAUAAAAGAGGAGAGAGAUCCCCCAGCUGCACGAGACUCAGUGUGAGGAAACACAUCGGGAUAUCAUCGUUAUUAUUAUUAUCAUUAUUAUCAUCAUUAUUAUUAUUAUUAUUACAUAUUAUCAUGAGGAAGAAUGCGCGUGUGUCCGUGGAACGCCGCGAGGACAUGGAGCAUUUAGAGGAGCGUUGUCUUCCGAAAUAAUUCAUGAUUCCGGUUCGGGACGAAGCAGAACAAGAGGAGCGAAAUCCGCGGUGCCAAGAAGAAGAAGCAGAAGAAGAAGAAGAAGAGGGAGAGGAGGGAGAGGAGGAAGAGGAGGAAGAGGAGGAGGGGGGACAGUUUUUGAUGGAGUUGUGUGCGCUUAUGCCGCUCAUAUUUCUCCAUUACGCGCAGGACUAGUUGACCGUCACCAUGUUUGACUGCAUGGACGUGCUGAGUCCCGGGCAGAUGUUGGAUUUCUACACCUCGAGCCCGUCCUCGUGCAUGCUGCAGGAAAAAGCUCUGAAAGCCUGCAUCAGCGGACUGCACGCGCACAGAGAGUGGCAGCACCGCAGGAGCGCGCACUCCAUUGAGACGCAGAGCACCAGUUCUGAGGAGCUCGUCCCCAGCCCCCCCUCACCACCGCCCCCCCCCAGAGUCUACAAGCCCUGCUUCGUCUGUGAGGACAAGUCCUCGGGAUACCACUAUGGAGUCAGCGCCUGUGAGGGCUGCAAGGGGUUUUUCCGGCGAAGCAUCCAGAAGAACAUGGUGUACACGUGUCACCGGGACAAAAACUGUAUCAUCAACAAGGUGACGAGGAACCGCUGUCAGUACUGCCGCCUGCAGAAGUGCUUCGGAGUGGGGAUGUCCAAAGAGUCUGUUCGAAACGACCGCAAUAAGAAGAAGAAGGAGAGUCCGAAGCCGGAGCUGACGGAGAGUUACGAGCUGACGGCCGAGCUGGAAACCAUCAUCGAGAAGAUCAGAAAGGCCCAUCAGGAAACCUUCCCCUCCCUCUGCCAGCUGGGCAAAUACACCACGGUGAGUUCAGGGACCUGA